AUGGGCAUCCUCCUCGCGAUCGCCGGCUUCACAUUUGGCGGGAUCCUUGUCACCGCCGUUUGGUUCGUCUACCUGUUGGUAAAAUCCUACGCCGGGAAGUCAGUCAACAGCCCGGAGUAUGCGCCGGUGAAGGGCACGGUGUUCCAGCAGAUGCUCUACUUCAACCGGCUGUACGACCACCACACUCAGCUGGCCAGAAGUCACCGCACUUUCCGGCUGGUGGGCCCCAGCUGUAGCCACCUGUACACGACCGAGCCCAGGAACGUGGAGCACGUGCUGAAGACCAACUUCCACAGCUACUCCAAAGGCCGCUACAAUCAAGAGAUCAUCACCGACGUUUUCGGCCACGGCAUAUUCGCCGUUGACGGCGACAAGUGGAAGCAGCAGCGGAAGCUCGCCAGCUUCGAGUUCUCCACCCGAGUUCUCAGGGAUUUCAGCUGCUCCGUCUUCAGGAAGAACGCAGAGAAGCUCGUUGCGGUUGUCGGAGACGCGGCCGGCCGGGCCUUUGAUGUGCAAGAUGUUUUGAUGAGAUGCACGUUGGACUCGAUAUUUGAAGUAGGGUUUGGGGUGGAGUUGAGGUGCUUGGAGGGGAGCAGUAAAGAAGGCGGAGAAUUCAUGAAGGCAUUUGACGAUGCGAGUGCCUUGACUUACUGGCGCUAUGCGGAUCCAUUCUGGCGGCUGAAGAGGCGAUUCAAUCUCGGCGCGGAGGCUUCCCUCAGGAGCAACAUCCGAACCAUCGACGACUUCGUCAGCCACGUCAUCGCCACCAAGCGCCGAACCACCGCCAAGGUAAGGGUCUUAUAUAUAUAUAUAUGGGUCAGACUGGCGUACGUCAGACGUAUACUAUACGUCAGGUACUACUAG